CCUUUGCUUUCAAUGUUGGCAGUGGGGUGGGGGCGGGGGCUGAUCUCCGUCCUCCCCUUUGCAAAUAGUAUGGUCCACCCAGGCUCUUCCCUUCUUCUCUGCCCCUCUCUUCCUUCCCCUUCCCUUCUCUCUCCGGCUCUGCUAAGUGUCAGCUGCGGGAACUUGUUGGCAAUGCCUAGUCUUCAAUCCCCACCAAGGUUUUCCAAAGUAACUAUUUAAUAUCUACAAUCUCCAAUGGUUUUAUUCAAUGUAGGAUGGGACUUCAGUUGAACGGCAGAUAUAUUAUUCUGGUCCUUGCUGUGCAGCUAGCUUACCUGGUGCAGGCUGUAAGGUCAGCAGGGAAGUGCGAUGCGCUCUUUGAGGGAUUCUCCAAUUGUAUGAUCACCAUGGGCAAGCAAGUGGAAAGCUUUUCACACGGCCUCGACCAAGAAAAAGACAUCAAUACUGUUUGCACAUACUGGGAUGAAUUCCACGCCUGUGCUGUCACGGUGAUUGCAGACUGCCAGGAUGAUGCAGCAGCGAUUUGGGAUAAACUGAAAAUGGAUUCCAAAAACCUCGAAAUUAAAGGCAGCUUGUUCCAACUGUGUAGUGGAUCUAAUGGCUCAGCCAACUCCAGACCCUUGCUACCUGCCGUCCUGCCUUUACUCAUGGUGUCUCUCUCUGCUCUACUGACAUGGAUCUUCAACUAGACCCAAAGCUCCAGGAAUCCACCAUUACAAUGUCCACCUGCUGGAUUUCUAGAGGAAAUAUCUGUCAGUACUUUGGGGGACCUAGUCAUUCUUCUUGACGCUGAAAAUAACCAUCUAGGAUUGUGGAAAAGAAAAAAAAUAUGUUUUUUUAUUAUUAUUAAUUUUUCUUUAUUUUUUUUUUUUAUUUUUUUUUGCCAAAUAUUACCAAACAGUGAGCAACAACAGCCAAAACCGGACCUCAGCUUUACAUCUUCAAAUGGAAAAAAAAGAGAAAACAGAGCCCUGUUUCAGCUUCCUUUCUUGUUUUUUUUUUUUUUUGUUGUUUUUUUCGUUUAUUUUUUUUUCCUUUUUUUAUUUUUCUUCUUUAAAAUAAACUCAGGAAAGGCCCUGGGCCAAGUAAUAAUAAUAAUAAUAUUAACAAUAAUAAUAACAAUUCUGAGGAAGAUAUGGGAGUUGGGCUCAUCUCAGAACAAAACUCCAACCUAGAGAACAAGCCAAGGGAUCUCUUCUACAUACACAAUGUACUGUAGAUAUUCACUUGUCAACCACCAGUGGUCCAUUCCAUCUUCUAAUGUUCUCCAUAAAACCCUAGAGCCAUCUUUUCCUCAUCAGCAAAUACUUAUGUAACCAAGAAAAAAGGAUAGCUCAGAACAAAGCAAUGAAAAAAUAAACUUGUACAUAAGGAAGGAGAACACCUAUAGAUUUGUACACAUAUGAAUGAAUGGGGUGGUUGGAUGAAAUUAUGAAUGGGUAAGUAUGAUGGAUGGAUUGCUGAGGGAUAUUAGCUUUAUCUGCUGUUGCCAAGAUAUAAUUUCAUGUCACUGCCUUUAUUUAUCUUCUCUUGGUUUAGAUGUUACACAUAAUUACCUAAGUAUCCCACAGUGUAAACCACAAAUGGGGGAAAUUAAAUGUAAAACCGUACAAUAGUUAUAUGUAAAGCUAAAAAUUAUACAAAGUAAAAAGAUUUUGACUAAAUAAAAAAGAAAGAGAGCCUUGAUUUUAAAAUAAAUAAAUGUAAUUUAAAAAAAAAUAUAAAGU